AGGUCUCCUGAAAACUUUGAACCAGAAAUCUACGAUCGUGAGGGCAAGGGAGCAUACAGGUAACUCAGUAUUAUUUUACUUGUUUUCUCAUGAAUAGUUUGUAAGGACAAUGCCUCAUUUUUCAAAUCAUAUUCAGGGAAUGCAAUUAAAAUGUCAUUCUUCAUCAUUGUUUGUUCUACAGGUUCCAGUGCCCCAGUGCAGGUCUGUUCCAGUGCAGUAUAACAGGCCUGGUGUUUAGGAUGGAGGGAGAGGGAGAGGUGCUCUAUAGGACAGUCCCCUGGAACAGGAGGCUUCUAGCCAAGAGAGGCAAGAGACCUGCAGGACCCCUGUUCAACAUUGACUGCUCUCAGAAGUCUGUCUGUCAACUACGCCUCCCACACUGUGAGAUUCAUUCUGGUAAGUAAUACAUUUCCAGGGAGGUUAUAGACUAUGUAUUCUUAAUCACCAUCAGUAGCAUCACUACUCCACUACUUGGUUGUUUUUGUCAUCUGAACAGAAGACUAAUGUUCUCUUUCUCUCCUAGAGGGUGGAUGUGACUUCCUGUCUGUAGCCCAUGUGACUGAUGAUGACACUAUGGAGUUUCUCCAUCUCCAUGAGACAACAGAAACUCAUGUCAUAUUAAACAUCAAUGGAUUCAGCAAAUAUGGCAUCACCAAGGAUAAGAAAGCUCCUGUCUCUCCUAUCCGUGGUCUGGUGCUACUAUUUUACCAACUCCCAGAUGAUAAAAAUAAUUCCACCCUAAAUGUGUUGUUGCUGCCCAGAAAUGUUGACAUUGAUGAGGUAAGUAGAUUAGAGUUGUCAAACUCUUCUUUCGUUAGAAUUCUAUCAAACUCGUACUGUUGAACUCACCUUUUGCCUUAUUUUGGGGUGUAACGUAACACUAAAUGGUGAAUCCAGACCAGGGGGGUCUCUCGCUCGCCAACCCAACAUCUUAACCAUUACAUCAAGAUGAUACCCUCAAGGUCCGAGGGCGACAUUUGGGCUUCCAUGUUUCAGGCAGGGCUUACUGUCACGACUUCCUCCUAAGCUACUUCCUCUCCUUGUUCGGGCAGGCUUCGGCGUUCGCCGUCACCAGCCUUCUAGCCACUGCCUCUCCUCAUCUCAUCAUUCCAUUUGUUUUGUCUUGUUUAUUACACACACCUGGUUUCAAUUCCCCUCAUCAGUACCUGUAUAAGUGUUUCCUCUGCCCCCUUGUCUUUGUGUGUGAUUGUUUAUUGUGGAGGUUAUAUGAGCUCGGUGGAGCGCCUUGUACCUUGUAUCGACAUGUAUACAGAAUAAACCUUUAUUCUGUGAUUUACCCUCCUGUGCCUGACUCCGUCCAAAUCACACACCACAGCUACCUCAUCAUGACAGUAUGCUCCAAUCCAUUUUCAAUCCUCUCAAGGUGUGUGAGAAAAGGAGGAGAAGGAAUGGAGACAGAGAAAAAUACAUUGAAAUAAAUCCUAACUGUAGACUAACCCCGGACCAAGAAUACACCCUCUCCACCGAUCUUACAGAUGAACAUCACAUAGAUCCAAAGGUAGGCUAAUAUAUAUAUGACAUGAGCUAGAGAGAGAGAGGAAAUGUGUUAACACAUGUAAAUUAUUUUUGUUAUGCUACCUUGAUAAGUAAUAGAAAUCACAUACAAUUCUGUUUGACUUGAUACUUAUGCAUUUUUUUCCAGGAAGCAGAGUUUGUGGAUUAUGAUUCCUAUACAAACUACAUGCCAACAUUCCUGUUGCGUUUAAAAACUGUUGUUGAAGAAGUGAAUCUUCUUCUGGAAGAACAUGACGGUCCUGAAAAUGAAUGUGUAUGGAACCGCCUUGUUUCACUACCAGGUAACUGAAAUUCAGAGAGAGUAGGAGUUACUAUAGAACUAGUAGUAAUAGUAGCAUUUUACAUUUACAUUUUACAUUAGUAGCAAUCAUCAUAAUAGUAUGGUAGUAGUGCUGUUGUUGAUUUAAUCUAAUUAUGAUACAAUUGAUUAUUUCACCAUAUAAAUGUAGUACAUCACCUUCUCUUUUAAUCCACAGCCUCACCAACAGAAGUGAAGUCUACA